AUGCCGCCCCCCGAACAAGCCCCCGACGGCGCCCCCGAACCGACAACCCCACAACCCCCCGCCCAGAAACUCGACCCCAUCUACUACAACUGGAGCAGCACCUUCAGCAUAAUGCUCGGCCGCAUGACCGGGUCCCGCGACAUCCCACUCGAGCAAAACUACUUCUCAGAAAUGGACACACUGAAAGCAGAGUCCAUCUGCAAGCGCUGCGACACCAACCGCGACUACCUGAUGCAGUACUCGCCCAUCAUCCGCUUCAUGCGGGAUGAAGUGUGGAAACUGGGCGGGGAGCUGAACGACCAGAACGUUAUUUGCCGCAUGUGCACUAACGAGCAGUCUGGCGGGUUCAGCCUCGACCAUGGGAUAUUGCUGUGUGCGAAUAAGUUCAGGAAUCGCGGGCAUCAGGAGGAUACUAUGGCGCAUGAGAUGGUGCAUGCGUGGGAUCAUUUGAAGUGGAAGGUUGAGCCCGAGAAUCUGCGCCAUCAGGCCUGUUUGGAGAUACGCGCCUCGACACUCAGUGGCGAAUGUCGCUUCAGCCGCGAAUUCUUCACAAAAAACCAGUGGCGCAUCACUGAGCAGCUGCAACAUUGUGUGCGGCGGCGCGCUACGCUGUCUAUGAUGGCCCGCCCAGGCGUCACGGACGAUGUCCACGCCGCUAAGAUUGUGAAUGAAGUCUGGGACAAUUGCUUUACGGAUACACGGCCGUUUGACGAAAUCUACCGAUGA